CUAAAUUCCAGUGACCUGUGCAAUAUUCAACUUCUUCAUAUUGAAUCAUUCUGUGCAACGCCACUUUUUCCACAAGCUUAACAAGUCUUCCGCUACCUCCAGGUCCUAAUUCUAUCAUUUCUCUUUAAAAAUCAAAACUCUCACUUGUUUCAAUAUCUUUUAAUGUUACUACAGAAUUUAAGUAAAAAAAAUUGACAAGAGAUGAAGCUUCUGAUACUCCAUGUAUGUGAAACUAUUUUCAUCUGUCUCCUGUGUUUCCCAUGCAAAUCUUGUUGUCAGGAUGGAGAAUUUGAGGUCUGCAAGAGGGACAAGUAUUGUGGGAACCAAACCAUACGAUUCCCAUUUUAUACUCAAGAUAUUCCACAAUACUGUGGCUUCCCAGGAUACGAACUCACCUGCAUAAACAACGUCUUAUUACUCAACUUAUCUGGUGACCAGUACAGAAUUACUCAAGUAUUCUACGCAAACAAUUCUUUCCAUUUAUCUAAUGUUUUGAGCUCAAGAAGCGGUUUCUGCAGCCUUUCCAGCAUUCACAACUUUUCUUUGCCUAGCGAUCAUCGGUAUGAGCUACAUGGCACUUCAAACCUAAUUUUGUUAUCGAAUUGUCCUUCAGAAUUUGGAGAGGUAUUUCCCAAGAAUAAAGUUGGUUGUGACUUGGGGAGAAAUGGUUCAGAUUGGGUUCUGGCUAUCAAGGCUAAGGAUUCAAACUCUAAUUACACAUAUGAAGCAUGUAAUGUAGCAGUGGCACCAGUACAUACUUAUGAUGAAGCUGAUGACAGCACUGAUUAUUUGAAGUUGAUCAGGAAUGGAUUUGAUUUGAAGUGGACGGUCACCGGUUGCAGGGAAUGCGAGGAUAGUGGGGGGUAUUGUGGAUACGAAGGCGAGCCUGUCAAUGAAUUUAAGUGUCUCUGCGAUGAUGUACCACAAUCUGGUAGCUGUAAGCCUAAAGCUCUAUCUAAAGGUAAACUUGGCUUCAAAGUGGGACUAGCAGGCGCUUUGGGUGCUGGGGUGCUGAUUUCAGCAGUUCUAUUGUUUUUUUUCUGGAGUAAAUGUCGCUCAUCUUGUAGAUAUCUGAUAUCUUCAAAAAGUGUAACAAAAGACUGUGAAAAGGUUGAAGCGUUUCUGAAGUUGCAUGGAAAUAAUGCCCCUCAAAGAUUUAGAUAUCAAGAUAUAAAAAAGAUGACACAGUCUUUCAAAUCCAAGCUAGGCCAAGGUUAUGGUGGUGUUUACAAAGGCAAGUUACCUGAUGAGCGUGCUGUGGCAGUGAAGAUUCUGAAUACCUCAAAAAGUGAUGGAGAAGAAUUUCUCAAUGAAGUUGCUAGCAUUAGUAGAACGUCCCAUGUUAACAUUGUCAGUCUCCUUGGUUUUUGUUUUGAGGGUCCUAAAAGAGCUCUGGUCUACGAGUUCAUGCCUAAUGGAUCGCUGGAAAAGUUUCUAUUAGAUGGAAAAUCCUCAGCAGCUCAACAACUUGGAUGGCAGACACUAAAUGAAAUUGCACUUGGAAUUGCUAGAGGAUUAGAGUACUUGCAUCGAGGUUGCAGCACAAGGAUUUUACACUUUGACAUAAAGCCUCAUAACAUUCUUCUAGAUGAAAAGUUUUGCCCAAAGAUAUCGGACUUUGGGCUUGCCAAAUUAUGUUUAGGCGAAGAGAGCAUCAUAUCAAUGCAAGACAUGAGAGGAACACCAGGGUAUAUUGCACCAGAAAUAUUUUCAAGAAACUUUGGAGGCGUAUCUCACAAGUCAGAUGUCUACAGUUAUGGAAUGAUGAUCUUGGAAAUGAUAGGAGCCAAAAAUAAUAUAAAUGAAGAAGUUGAUAAUUGUAGCAGCAAAUACUUCCCAGAUUGGAUAUACGAUCGCCUUGAGCUGAAUGCUGAUCAAAUCGAACUAGCUGACAUCUCCGAUGAGGUGGAAGAAGAAAGUAGAAGAAAAAUGUUGAUAGUUGGGUUGUGGUGCAUACAAACUCACCCCUCAGACAGACCAUCAAUAAAGAGGGUACUGGAAAUGUUAGAAGGAAACGUGAAGUCCCUGAGAAUUCCAACCAGGCCGUUGCUGAAGUCCAUUGAAGAGCCUCUGAAAACAUUUUCGACCACUAAAAACGGCACCUCCGAGUUAGAAAUCGAGCAAGAGAACUAUCUACAGAAAGUUGACAUUGAAGGAAUCAAUGCACCCCUCGACUUUCACUGUUAUCGGAAUCUUGAAGAAUUAUCGGCAAAAAUUCAAGGAAAGAUGAAGCUUCUGAUACUACAUUUAUGUGCAACUAUCAACAUUUGUCUCCUUUGUUUUCCAUACAAAUCUUUUUGUGCGGAUAACAAAUUUAAGGAAUGCAAGAAGGCCAGGUAUUGUGGGAACCAAACCAUACGAUUCCCGUUUUAUACUGAUGAUAUUCCACAAUACUGUGGCUUCCCAGGAUUCGAACUCACCUGCAUAAACAAGGAUGUCUUGUUACUCAACUUAUUCGAUGACCAGUACAAAAUUACUCAAGUAUUCUAUGCAAACAAUUCUUUCCGUGUGUCGAAUGUUUUGAGCUUAAGAAGCGGUUUCUGCAGCCUUUCCAAAAUUCGCAACUUGGAGUUGCCUGGUGGUGAUGAGCGGUUUGAGCUACAUAGCAGCUCAACCCUGAUUUUGUUUUCAAAUUGUACUUCACAAUCUGGAGAUAGAUUUUCCAAGAAUAAAGUUGGUUGUGACCUGAAGAAAGAUGGUGCAGAUUGGGUUCUUGCUAUGAAAACAGAUGAUCCAGAUGUAGAUUUCGCGUAUGAGGCAUGUGAAUCUGUAGUACUGGCACCAGUACAUGAUUAUGGUGAAGAUGGUGACACCGAUUAUCUCAACUUGAUCAGAAAUGGAUUUGAUUUGAAGUGGACGGUCACCGGUUGCAGAGAAUGCAAGGAUAGUGCAUCAUCUAAAGGCAAACUUGGUGUCAAAGUGGGACUAGGCGCUUUGGCUGCUGGGGUGCUGAUUUCAGCAGUUCUGUUAUUUUUUUUCUGGAGUAAAUGCUCAUCUUGUAGAUAUCUGAUAUCUUCAAAAAGUGUAAGAAAAGACCGUGAAAAGGUUGAAGCGUUUCUGAAGUUGCAAGGAAAUAAUGCCCCUAAAAGAUUUAGAUAUCGGGAUAUAAAAAAGAUGACACAGUCUUUCAAAUCCAAGCUAGGCCAAGGAGGUUAUGGCGGUGUUUACAAAGGCAAGUUACCGGAUAAGCGUGCUGUGGCAGUGAAGAUUCUGAAUACCUCAAAAAGUGAUGGAGAAGAAUUUCUCAAUGAAGUUGCUAGCAUUAGUAGAACGUCCCAUGUUAACAUUGUCAGUCUCCUUGGUUUUUGUUUUGAGGGUCGUAAAAGAGCUCUGGUCUACGAGUUCAUGCCUAAUGGAUCGCUGGAAAAGUUUCUAUCAGAUGGAAAAUCCUCAGCAGCUCAACAACUUGGAUGGCAGACACUAAAUGAAAUUGCACUUGGAAUUGCUCGUGGAUUAGAGUAUUUGCAUCGAGGUUGCAGUACACGGAUUUUACACUUUGACAUAAAGCCUCAUAACAUUCUUCUAGAUGAAAAGUUUUGCCCAAAGAUAUCGGACUUUGGGCUUGCCAAAUUAUGUUUAGGCGAAGAGAGCAUCAUAUCAAUGCAAGACAUGAGAGGAACACCAGGGUAUAUUGCACCAGAAAUAUUUUCAAGAAACUUUGGAGGCGUAUCUCACAAGUCAGAUGUCUACAGUUAUGGAAUGAUGAUCUUGGAAAUGAUAGGAGCCAAAAAUAAUAUAAAUGAAGAAGUUGAUAAUUGUAGCAGCAAAUACUUCCCAGAUUGGAUAUACGAUCGCCUUGAGCUGAAUGCUGAUCAAAUCGAACUAGCUGACAUCUCCGAUGAGGUGGAAGAAGAAAGUAGAAGAAAAAUGUUGAUAGUUGGGUUGUGGUGCAUACAAACUCACCCCUCAGACAGACCAUCAAUAAAGAGGGUACUGGAAAUGUUAGAAGGAAACGUGAAGUCCCUGAGAAUUCCAACCAGGCCGUUGCUGAAGUCCAUUGAAGAGCCUCUGAAAACAUUUUCGACCACUUAGGCACAAUUUGUUAUUUGUGUUAAAGACAAUAGUUUUGUGCUGGAAGCUAUCAUUUUCCCCAUCAAACCUUACCAAAAAUAUUAUAUUUUUUAAAUUAUACUUCAAAACUUGCCGGUAACAGACUUUUUUCACAAACAUUUUUUGUAGCAACACAAAAGUUUUGAA